UUAUCGCCAUGUAUGAUAUUCAUAUAGCUGGCUAGCGUUUUCAAUUGUCACUUCUUUUGGUACUUCUUUGUAUUCAUUACUCGAGAAAAGUUAACCUGAGCAGAAAACGCUAAUGUGAUCAACAACUUGAAGUUUUUCGAUAAUUAAUAGUCCGAAAAACUUUUGCAUGACUGAUGUACUACUAUGGAUAUACGCUUCCUUGUCUUAAACACACUUGGUAGUCUGACACUAGAAAUGAAAAAUCUCGGUAUUUCGACUGUAGAAGAAGCACUAAACAGCUGUUUUGGUUCCAAUGUUCAAAUGGCUUACACAAAUCUUGAUGAUGCUUAAAGUAGGGUACCAUGAUAUCUGUAUGACUCGUAUUUCAAAUGUCUCACUGCACUGGUAGGGGUUGUUCCACUUACCUAGCACUCUACUUGCGCGUGUGUGUAUGUAUGUGUAAUUGCAAAUAACAACGUCGCUUGCUCGAAGUAAGAGACCUGAAUAAGUGAAGCUUUUCAUGCUGCCUAACAGCUUUUAGUCUCAUUGCUACGGUGCUACACCUUUGUGCUUAUUAUUGGCGCUACACAUAUACAUACAUACAUACAUACAUACAAACAUACAAACAUUCAAUUGAACAGCCGCUCCACAUGGGAGCUUCUCAAUGUUCAACCAAACGAUUAUCUUCAGUUAAGUCGCGUAUUUGUACGGCAAAACAUGUCGUAAAAGCAUGGAAAGCAUGAAAUCAACAACAAUAACAACAAUAAAACUGGCGAAAAACACAACAAGAACUUUGUCGACAAUUAGACGAAAUUUAUAGUAGCAAACCAUUAAAAAUAUUUACGCGUAUUAGUGAACUUUUGAAAACUCGCAAUCGAAUUUUGUAAUGCGAAACGAUUUGCUAAUAAAAGCGCAUUUGUAAAACAAAAAUAAACGCUGAGGCGUCGCAUGCCAACCAACAAAAUGGCAAUCGAUUUUUUUCGAUGCUGACAAUUUCGUAGCCAAACUUGUUAGAACUCGGUGGAAGGUGAACGCGAAACUCAACGCAACUCAUAGAAAAUGCGGCUCGAGCACGCGGCGAGGCUGUGAUUCAAUGAAAAAAGGCUUUUAAGUCGUAGCUAAAUUUUUCAAACUUUUGCAGCACGUAGUUAGAAAUUUUCGUAUUAAAUAUUUACAUAUAUAUACAUAUGCAUGUUUGUAUGUGUACAGUGUUUUCAAUUGAAACCACGCCUUCUAACUAAAUAUUACAAAGUAAAUCAAAUAUUGCCAAAGAGAGUGAAAUGAAAUCAAUAAAAAAACGCAAAUUUAUUUAUAGCGUUUGCGCGAAACAGCUGUAGAACAACAACAACAACAACAACAAUAUUGUUGCUUCGAUUUGUUGAUUUUAACAAGUGGAAGAUAAACAAAACCGAGUGAAUGACUAACGCAAACGUUCGAUAACUUUAUUAACGCGCUAUAAAGUAUAUACGCAGCACAGCGUUUGCAGCAACAACAACAACUGAUAAAAUAAGCAAAACGAAAAACAAAAAAAAAAACAAACAUUAAUGCCAAGAUCAAGCAAGGCAGCCAGUCCAAUAGGUUAGAAUAACAUUGCAAAGCAGAAAGUGAAGAAAUUUAUUGUUGUAUGUGAGAGUCGCUUGAAAGCCGGCAAAUCACGAUGUUGUGAUUCAUGAAACGCCAAGCGCUUGUGAAUUUUCAGAAUAUUUGGCAAGUUGUGAUUGUCGAGCGCAUUGAAAUCGCCUUAUGAAAGCACUAUAUGAGCGCUUAAGCUUGAAAAGAAAAAUUGUUAAAUGAUAUUUAGAGCAACGUAGCAAAACCUUGAAGCGAAAGUACCACAUGACCCCAAAGUGAUGACACACUAAGAACAACAAAGCAUAUACAUACAUAUGUACCUUGCGUGAUAUUUAGUAGCAACGUUUAUUCAAUAUUUAUUGACGCAUGAGACAAAAUAGAAAAAUAUAAAAAUAAAAUCAGCACUCCAUAAACACCAACACUGUUUCCAAAAGCGCAUAACCAAAUAUAUCGGGUUGGCACCGUCUUCAAACUGCUCACACAAGCCACUUGGUUGCGUUUGAAAAUCAAAAUAAUAUAAAAAUUACGGUUAUACUCAUACUCCCAACUGAAUGUCAGCACACGUACAUAAAUAUAAAUAUUUAGAAAGUCCUUCACCUCGAUGAUUUUAUGCAGCUGUUCUGCUUUUAAGUUCCUAAGCCUAAGUAAAUUAGUGUUUUAGCUUCCACAACUAACCAAAAAUAAUCGUUUACACACAAAAACAAAAAAAAAUUUAGUAAACUGUAAAAUGUGUUUUCGCGGCAUCUUCGAUUGCCUUUUCGGCUGUUGUAAGUCGAACGACACACAUGGUCUAAAUGAGAGCUCCUUUUACGACUAUGUGGAACCAUUGCCCGUAUACCAGAACGAAAAGAUCGGCACCCUCAAGGAGGGCAUCAGCUUCACAGUGACCGGUAGCAUUUUGCUUAACUGCGAGCGAUUUUCCAUAAAUUUCGUUAUUGAGAACUCAACACGUGACGUCGCGCUGCACAUCAAUCCACGGCUGCCGCAAAACUAUAUCGUGCGCAACACGAAAGCGAAAGGCGUAUGGGGCAAGGAAGAGGUCUCAUCAGCACUGCCAUUCUCACUGCAUCGCGGCAGCAAAUUCGCCAUACAGAUCUUCAUAACCGAUAGCGAUUAUCUGAUCUCAGUGAAUGGCAUACAUUUCGCCAAGUAUGCGCAUCGCUUGCCCUACACAUCGGUGUCGACGAUAGAGGUGAAAGGCGAUGUGGAGAACGUGAGCAUGGAGCGCGGUGAGGUGGAGUGCUAUCCGGAGCAUAUACCCGGCUUUAACCCCAAAGAAAUACGCACAGCGCUGGACAUUUUCGAUGAACAGCCCAAUGGCGAUAAGACGGCGCUAAUGCCGUACGACGAGGUGGACAGUUCGAAUUUGGAUUGGGCACCGCUGGGCAUAAAGAGUUCGAUUGCCUUAAUGAAAAACAUUGCUUGUGGCAUACCACUGCCUUACUAUGGUCUGCUGCCGGCUGACUCGCUCAAAGUGGGACGCUGUCUGCAGAUAGUGGGGCGUGUGAAAUUGCUGCCGCAGUCGUUCUACAUCAACCUACAGAAGGGCCAAAACUAUUGGCCACAUCCGAUUAUCGCAUUUCACUUUAACCCGCGCUUCUCGAAACAGAGCGGCACCAUAGGCAAGGCGAUUGUGUGUCGAAAUGCUUGGUAUAAUGGCGCUUGGGCAGAUGAGGAACGCUCCGAAUUGGACACGGACUUUCGGCCGGGCAAAACAUUUCGUUUGGCUAUCGUGUGCGCGGAGAAUGCAUUCGAGGUGUACUUGAAUGAGAAGCUCAUAACCGACUUCACAUACCGCAUCAAACCGGAUGUGGUGGAUACGGUAUAUAUACAGGGUGAUAUUAAAUUGCGCAGUGUUGUGCUGCUCACUAACUUGUCGCCAAAGGGCACGAGACGCAUUUACACAAAUCCGCUAUUCAGAUAUUAAUAAUAAAAAGUGCUGUGUAUGGUUGAGAAAGAAGGGUAUUAAAGUGAAAGUGACUGUGUUUAAUAAGGUUGCGUACGCAUACAAUUUAAAACGAGAACUCUGAAUUGCUUUUAAGCAACGCAGUGCGGUUUGCGGUAACUCAUAGGCCCUGAGCACCUAAAUGGGAAAGGUGUAGAGCAUGUGUCGUCGGAGCAGAACCGAAGAAGCCAUAUUUGAUAUGGAUGUGCGAAUAGAUUUUUUAAUUUUUAAGUUUUGUUUUUUUUUUUUAGCUUUUUGCAAUUGUAUAUUUGUAUAAUCUCUCUGUAAAGUUCUUUUUACUAUUGUUUAGUAGUUUAGUUAACAGACAAAUCCGAAACACCUACACUAAAUCAAAGAUUAGUAUAUAGUAUAUUGUAUAAAAUAAUGAAACUUUGCUAAGACACAAAUUGUUGCAAGUUUUUUAGUGUUUGAUAUUACUGUUAUUUGAAUCUUGAAUAAAAGACAUUAACAAUAUAUUUUUUUAAAUAUUCCCAAAUCUAA